AGUCUGCUCGAUCCUUCCCCAUUAUAACUCCCUCGUGGUCGCAGUUUCUCUAAGAACUAGAAACUGAAACGCUUCAAAAACCACCAAAUCCCCUUAUUCAAGUUUGUUAACAGUGUAAAUAAACAGAAACAACCAUGGCAAAACCUGCACCAGCAGUCGGAAUCGAUCUUGGCACCACAUAUUCCUGCGUGGGCGUAUUCCAGUACGGCAAAGUAGAAAUCAUCGCCAACGACCAAGGCAACCGAACAACACCCAGUUAUGUCGCAUUUACUGAAACUGAGCGUCUUAUUGGUGAUGCUGCCAAGAACCAAGUGGCGAUGAAUCCCACCAACACAAUCUUUGAUGCAAAACGGUUGAUCGGUAGAAGAUUCGAAGACCAAACAGUUACCGCGGACCAAAAACAUUGGCCCUUUGAGGUCGUCAGCGACGGUGGGAAACCAAAAGUCAGAGUAGAAUACAAAGGCGAAGAAAAAACAUUCUAUCCAGAAGAGGUCUCUAGUAUGGUGCUCGUGAAAAUGAAAGAGACGGCAGAGGCUUAUCUCGGACAAAAGGUCACAGAUGCUGUCAUCACCGUGCCUGCAUACUUCAAUGAUUCACAGCGCCAGGCCACGAAAGACGCAGGCACGAUUUCUGGAAUGAAUGUGAUGCGAAUCAUUAACGAGCCAACUGCAGCUGCCAUCGCAUAUGGUUUAGACAAGAAGGUUGGUGUAGAACGUAAUGUACUUAUCUUUGACUUGGGAGGUGGAACCUUUGAUGUCUCCAUACUCACCAUUGAGGAUGGCAUCUUUGAGGUCAAGUCGACAUCAGGUGAUACCCACCUCGGAGGAGAGGACUUCGACAACCGAAUGGUGAACCAUUUCAUGCAAGAAUUCAAGAGGAAAUUCAACAAAGACAUCGCUAUGAACAAGCGUGCUGUUCGGCGUCUCAGCACUGCCUGUGAACGAGCAAAGAGGACCCUGUCUUCCAGUGCCCAGGCUAGCGUGGAGAUCGAUUCGUUGUACGAGGGCAUCGACUUCUACACAAACAUCACAAAGGCUCGAUUUGACGAGUUGAAUGCCGAUCUUUUCCGAAGCACGCUUGAGCCAGUUGAGAAGGCCCUCCGCGACGCCAAGAUGGACAAACAGAAAAUCCACGAUAUUGUCCUCGUCGGAGGCUCCACCCGUAUCCCUAAGAUCCAGAAACUCCUCAAGGAUUUCUUCAACGGCAAGGAGUUGAACAAGUCCAUCAACCCUGAUGAAGCUGUGGCCUAUGGUGCAGCUGUCCAAGCUGCAAUCCUCAAGGGCGACAAGUCCGAGGAGGUACAGGACUUACUUCUUCUUGAUGUUGCUCCAUUAUCACUCGGUAUCGAGACCGCUGGCGGUGUGAUGACAGCCCUGAUCAAGCGAAACAUCACCAUCCCAACCAAGCAACAGCAGACGUUCACAACUUACAGUGAUAACCAACCCGGUGUGCUCAUCCAAGUCUACGAGGGUGAACGUGCUAUGACCAAGGACAACAACUUGCUGGGUAAAUUCGAGUUGGCCGGUAUUCCUCCCGCACCACGUGGCGUCCCACAGAUUGAGGUCGUGUUUGACAUUGAUGCCAACGGCAUCUUGAACGUCUCUGCUCAUGACAAGAGCACUGGAAAGUCGAACAAGAUCACCAUUACAAAUGACAAAGGUCGUCUCACCAAGGAGGAAAUUGAGCGCAUGGUCAACGAAGCUGAGAAAUACAAGUCGGCUGAUGACGAACAGCGAGAGCGCGUCUCCGCCAAGAACCACCUCGAGAGUUACGCAUUCCAGAUGAAAUCUACAAUGGAAGAUGAGAAGAUCAAGGACAAGAUUCCAGAGGACGACAAGAAGAAGGUCUUGGACAAGUGCAAGGAAGUUAUCGACUGGCUCGACCAUAACCAGGGUGCCACCAAGGAAGAAUUUGAACACCAGCAGAAGGAAAUUGAAAAUAUUGCCAACCCCAUCGUGACCAAACUGUACCAGCAGUCUGGUGGUGCCGAGGGAAUGCCAGGUGGUAUGCCCGGAGGAAUGCCAGGUGGUAUGCCAAGUGGCGGUGCACCACCCAGUGGUAGUGGCAGUGGCCCAACCAUUGAGGAGGUCGACUAAAUCAACGAAGAAACCAUUACCAACAGUGAUCAAAGAAGGGCGCUUUACCAACUGGGCCGCUUGGUUGUUGAGAGGGGUUCCAAAUUGGUUAACUGCAAUGCAUAGCAUGCUUGUCCCAGGUUGUUUCCACAGCGAUACUCUACUAUAUAGCUGCUUUCAUAAAGGUAAUGGAAAACAGCCUGGUGAUGUUAGUUCAAGUAGUCUUCUUUCAUCAUUCACGCCAUUGUUUGACACAGUUACACUGGUAGAAUGUGACAAAUUUUCCACUUGUUCGUGACUAGAUAUCAUCAUUGUACUUGUAAAAAAGUGUUCAUCAUUGUCAGCAUUGUAGUUCUAGCUCUUUUGGAAUUCCUGUGCUGCAUGCAUCUUGUUACAACCGUUUGUAGGCUUAAAAUAUCGACACGUUUUAAAAACUUUUUUCUUGGAUUUUACCGUAUUACAACCAAUCAUAUUCUAGACCAAUCUAAAAAUCAAUUAAUGUAUUUGUGUUGUGCAUUCAGUUACAUUAGUAUACUUCAGUAGUUGCUGUCUGUAAAAAUCUUAGUGAAAGCUGAAGUAGAAGUCACCCUGUGUUUCUUUCAGUCUUGCAAUCCGAUUCAUUUCAAAGAUUUUGAUCAACAUACUUCAGUGUACAGAGGUUACAAUUUAAGCCUGUCGCUUGCAAUUCCAUGUAAAACUUGGGCUACUUUCUUUGCCAUAUUCAAGUAUCUUUGCCAUAUCAAGUAGAGUGUUCAUGUGUGUGUGUAUAUUCAUGUACUGUUUACAAAUUGAUUUAUGAUCCUAAUAUUGCUGAAAGGAUCGGGAACGCAAGACUUGUUGCAGGAGGAGUGUCGUCACUCUUGAUUUCUGUGAUUUGGUUGGUGCGUUGUGUGAAUGUUCCUGGCAACCCCUCUUUGUUACCGAUCCCGGUUUUUAGUUCAUAUUCAAGAACUUAAAAGACAACUGCCCACCAAAUGUUGCCGAAAUGUUGAUCUCCAUAAAUAUCCCGAGCUGGGAUACAAUAGUGCCAUUGUUUUUGCAUAAAAUAAAGGAUAAGUUUUGGUUGCCAUAAUAUUCCAAGGUGCCUCACAGCCAUAUCUUUUCUACUCGUCUCAUUGGUGUUGGUAUCUUGAGCAUUUUCCUUGUUAUCACGUACGUCACAAUUUUCAACUAUAGCCCUUGAUCCCUCUGUUUAUCUACCGUACUGCAUUGAGGAGCCUUCACUUGUUUUCUUUCAAGUUCCUUGUAAAUUUGUUGUCAUCUAUUUGCUAUGGUGACUUGAUUACACGGACCAUGUGUUUACUCAAACGAUUAUUUUUUCAAAAUUGUUAAUUGUUCAUCAUGUUUUUGGUACUUGAUGUAUUGCAGCAUUUAUUUCACUGUUUAAGAAGAAACAAACUUGAAUAAAGGGACGAAACCUAAAAUUGAAAAACUA